AGCUGGGCGCCGGGCAGUCCGGAGGCGGGGGCCACGUCAGCUGGGCGGCGGGGCUCGCCCGGGAGCCGGCGGGGAGCCGGCAGACCAGCGCCAUGCGGCGAGGCGCGCUCUUGGCAGGAGCCCUGGCCGCUUACGCCGCGUACCUGGGGCUGGGUGCAUUGCUGGUGGCGCGGCUGGAGCGGCCGCACGAGGCUCGACUCCGCGCGGAGCUGGAGACGCUGCGGGAGCAGCUGCUGCGGCGCAGCCCGUGCGUAUCCGCCCCCGCCCUGGAUGCUUUCGUGGAGCGGGUGCUGGCGGCCGGCCGGCUGGGGCGCGCCGCGCUAGCCAACGCUUCGUGGCCAGCCAACGCUUCGGACCCCUCCUGGGACUUUGCCUCGGCUCUCUUCUUUGCCAGCACGCUGGUCACCACCGUGGGCUACGGCUACACGACACCGCUGACUGACGCAGGCAAGGCCUUUUCCAUCGCCUUUGCCCUCCUGGGUGUGCCGGCCACCAUGCUGCUGCUGACCGCCUCGGCCCAACGCCUGUCGCUGCUGUUGACCCAUGCACCCCUGUCCUGGCUGAGCACGCGUUGGGGCUGGGACUCCCGGCGGGCAGCCCGCUGUCACCUGGUGGUCCUGCUGGGGUUCGUGGUGACCAUCUGCUUCUUGGUGCCCGCUGCAGUCUUUGCCCACCUUGAGGAGGCCUGGAGCUUCCUGGAUGCCUUCUACUUCUGCUUCAUCUCUCUGUCCACCAUCGGCCUGGGUGACUAUGUGCCUGGGGAGGCUCCUGGCCAGCCCUACCGGGCACUCUACAAGGUGCUGGUCACAGCCUACCUCUUCCUGGGGCUGGUCGCCAUGGUUCUGGUGCUGCAGACUUUCCGCCACGUGUCCGACCUUCAUGGCCUCACAGAGCUCAUCCUGCUGCCCAGACCGUGCCCUGCCAGCUUCAAUGAGGAUGAGGACGAUCGGGUGGAUAUUCUGGGCUCCCAGCCAGACCUACACCAGCAACUCAAUGCUGGCUCCCAUGCCAACUAUGCCUCCAUACCCAGGUAGCUGGGGCAGGCACCCUGACGCUGGAUGGACUUGGCCUUUGGCUGAGGGGCCAGAUGACUGGAGCUGAUGUAUUAGAACAUCAUGGGCACAUGCUGGUGUCAUAAGGCACUGCCACCAACUGUCUGUCCUUUGUUGUACCUCUCCUGGGCUCCCCCAGCACCAGCAUCACCUUGUUCUCCCAGCCCUUUCUCUUACCUCCACCAUAUUCUGUGCCUCUCUGGCUUUCUCACUGUCUAUGUCUUUCCCUCUUACCAUCUCUUUGUUUCUUAUCCUUUUACUUACUACAUCUGCCUCUCUCACUCAGCCAUGCCAGUUCUAUCAGCCUCUGGGCUCAGACCUCAUUUUGGGCACUAGAUCGGUCACUACACCUUGGGCAAGUGACUGCCCUCCCUGAACCUUGAUUUCCUUGUCUGUCAGGUGGGAAGAAUAUACUCACUCAUCCAAAACUCCCUCCUCUGUGCCAGCCCACAUUGGGCAGUACUAGGGACACAGUAGUGGUCGAGGUAGCUGGGCCCCCCUCUCAUAGGGCUCACAGUCCAGUGAGGUAGACAGACCUGUCCACAUACAGUGAGCCCAGACUGGCAGGACUUCAGUGGGGGAGGGAGAGUGGUCAGUGGUGUGAUGGACAAAUAGGGAAUGUACCCAAUCCAACUUUGAAGGUCAGGGAGGGCUUCCUGGAGGAAGGGACAACUGAACUCAGUCCUGAAAUAUGAAGAGUAGUCAAGGAAAGAAGGUGUACCUGAUUUUCCUCAGGUGUCACCAGGAAACAAGACCCAAGCAGAGAGCCCUGGGGUAGGCCUAGGUGCUAGAAUCUUCCUGAGUAGCCUGUCACGCAGGAAACAGGAUCCCAGUCUGGAUCCAAAUGACAUGGAAGGUACUGCUCUUAUUUGUGACACCAUUGUAAAAGCCACCCCCGUUUACUGAGCACUAAUUGCGUAUUGCGCACUGAGCUCAGGAGCCAGCCUGCUAGGGCUCAGUUCCCAACUCAGCUGUGUCCUUCCCAUGUUCUCAGACAAUCACUUCCCAUCUGUGAUUCUCAGGUCCCUCGUCUGUAAAAUGGCAAUAAUAAUAGUACCCAUUUCAUUUCACAAGAUGACUUCACAGCGCCUGCCAUGUUUUUCUGUGAUGCUUUCUUUGGCCAGGCCCUGUUUUGUGUACUUUACAUAUGAGGAAGAUAAUAUUAUCAUCCCCUUUCCACACAUGAGAGACUGAGGCACAGGGAGGGGAGGUCCCUUGUCUUAGACACAGAGCUAGGAGGUAAUUUGUUAUUCCCCCCAGAUUUUCCCCCUCCCGAGAUGGUACCUCAGUAAUAGCAUUUACUGCCAAAGGCCCAUCAACUGAACUGUUACCUCUACCAAGCCCUUUGGAGGUGACAGAAAGAACGGGACAUCUGAGCUGGGCCUUGACAGUAGACAAGUGGAGAAUGCAUGGGGAGGGCAUUCCUGGCAGGUGGAACCAAGUGUGCAAAGGCCUGGAGGUAGGAAAGCAUGUUGGACGUCAGCUUCUGUGACAAGUGUGGAGUGAACGGGAGAAGGAGGGUGGAGUGGUUGACAUGGGCACAUCUUAAGUGUCUUUAAAUGCCCAGCUUGGGCACUUAGCUUCUUUCUUGAGGGCACUAGAGAGUUGUGGAAGGGUUUUGAGCAAGAGAAGGUCAUGAUUAGAUUUGUGCCAUAGGAAGAUUCCCCGUAGCUUCUCUGUGGACGUAGAUCAGAGUGGGCAACCAAGGCCAGGUGCCCAGGGGAGGCCGGGACAGGAACAAAGCAGGAGGUGAUGGGGCUGGGUAGGGCCAAGGGGAGGAGGUGCAGGUGGAGGGAUACAGGAGGCCAAGUGGACAGGCUAUAGGCCUUAUGGACUUGGGAAGGAUAAGGCCAGAGGAAGGCCCAAUGGAUGGUCAGCUGCCCUUGUGAUGGGAAUCUGGGACAAAGAACAGGGUUGAGGGGAGAUCCUCAGGCUGGCUUGGAACAUGGUGGUUGUGAGGGGCUAAAGAUACACAGGGAAAGAUAUCAGGAGGUCACAGGACCCUCGGAGCUGGGACUGAGGGGGUAGUGGAGGCCGGAGACAGAUUUGAGAACCAAGUCCAUGAGGGUGGGUGUGGCAGCCCUGGGUGGGGUGAAGAGAAGACCAGCCUCGAGAAAUCAGCCUUAGGGUACUUAUAUAUUUAUAUCAGGAAGCAAGGAUUUGGGCAGCAAGUAAUAAAAUCUUGAUUGGCACUAGGUAAAACAAUGACAUAAUUGUAUAUUGCACAACACCAAAGUUGGGGAGGGCUCUGGGCAUGAUACAACCCACAGCUCCAGGAGGACCUUAUGGCCCCAGAUUUCCUCUCUGCCACCCUCAGCUGAAGACUUGGCUUCCACAUGGGCUCCCCUCAUGGCCCCAAAGUGGCUGCUGCCGGUCCAGGCAUCACAACCAGACAUGGUAAUUUUUAGUACAAGAAAGAGGGGGCAGGCAUCAUUUCCCAUGUUAUCUCUUUGGAAGCAAGGAAACCAAAGCCUCCCAGCAGGCUUCCUUUUCCAUCUCAUUGGCCAAAGUUGGCUCACAUGUCCAUCCUAAAACAAUCAUUGGCCAGAGUGAUAGAGCCACUAUAAUUAGCUUGGAUUCCUCAGGAUUUCCCCUAAGGGGGGGAAACUGAGGCUGGGGAUAAGGUAUCAGUUUAGAUGCUGGUGAAUACUUGAAAGAAACUGGGCUUCUAUUAGAAAGGCAGAAGACUGGGAGGAUGGGUAGAGAUUGAUUAAUCAGCCAGGUCCAUCAUGUACAAUUAUGCAGAUUGGGACCUACAUAAGAGAUGCCUGGCUGGCAGGGUGGAAACAAAGAGGGGCUGAAGUUCAAAGCCAAAUAUGUCCAAAGGGGGCUUCUUUUCCUAAGUAACAUAAAGGCAAGCAGUGACCCUUCAACCAAUGUCUUCAUACCAGAGAGAAGAGCUUACAAAGGAGACAGAAAAGGAGUUCCAGAGAGGAGUAGGAAAGCCAGAAGGGUGAGGAGUAUUGGUAAGAGAUGAGAGAAUUUCAAGGCAGGAGAAGUCAACAUUGUCAAAUCAUGCUAAAAAGGCACAUGAGAUUGUUUUAAUAACAGUAAUAGAAAACACUUACUGUAUUUUGCCAUGUGUAAUGUGCAAUUUUUUUGCCCAAAUUUGUGAGGGAAAAAUAAGGAUGUGCA